AUGAUGGGCGUGACAGCCUUCUACUUUGGGAUGGAGCGUGAUAGCUCCGGUAUGGUGUCUCUGGGUGUGGCGUGGAAGCCUGUUGACGUGACAGUCGUGGCGAAGGAGGAAAAUGAGGAAAAAUACAAGUGAGGAGCCACAACACACAAUCACCAUAUCCGUUGUAGGGCUACCCCUAUUUGCACGACGCACUUGCAAAUACCAACUUGCACGACUCAAACGCUUCCAGAACCACACAACCAGAAACCCACUUUCAAACUCAAAACAGCAGCGAAACAACACAGCCCAGCACAUACAUAACCAUGCAUAACCACCGCCGACAGGCCGCAAAGCACGCGCAACGCAGCAGACCACACUGCAGACAUGUCCCCCCGGGAUUUUGCUUGUUAGAGAGAGAGGAGCGGCACCGGCCGCUGUAUUGAACACCGCUACUUAUUCAGCAGGCACGAAACACCAGGAGCGAGGACCAUCCCCUUGUUUUGCAUUACGCUACGCUUCGUACGACGUGGCAGCGGUGGCGGACUGAAGGUACCUCGUGCAAUAGAGAGGUGCCGGGGGGGGGAGGACAACAAUGGCUCAAUCCAGAGACUCCGGUGGGGUACGGGAGGUGAUACCGGGGUUGGCGUAGGUCGUCUCCCACCAUCUCCCAUGGUAUCAUGGACACUGAAAAAUAUAUGGCAUUGUUCACUUGUUGAUUGUGAUCCUCCAUGGCGCUAGCGCUCCACCGCCACGAAGAGGCUACCGAGAAUGUCGGACUGCGAGGCGGGUGACACUUUUUGUGGAUUCCAUUUUGCAAAAUUCAUUCACUCUUGUUUUUAGUGUGGGGGGUAGGGGCUAUUUAGACUAGAGUUGCUUGUUCUUUUCAAUGUAUGGAUUCUGUCAUGAUAUCAUGGACAUGGAACUGUAUAUGACAUUGUUCACGUGUUGAUUGUGAUCCACCAUGGCGCUAGCGCUCCACCAGCACAAAGAGGCUACGGAAAAUGCGGGCUGCGGGGCGGGUGGCUUUGUCUGGAUGUCAUUUUCUUGAAUAUAUUCACUCUUUUUGGGGGGGUAAAAGCUAGACUAGAGAUGGUUGUGGUUUUCAUUUUACCGCUUAUGCAUCUCGUCUCCGUUCUGUUGGGUGUGGGUACGAAAUCGUUCGGUCACUCGCGGCACUUGAGCAUGUUUGAAUAAGGAUCGACCCCGGAUCGAAGCUCUCCGUUUCAAUUGGAGUAGGCACGACCUCAUCAGACUGAGGGGCGAUCCUUUGAGAUGAAAACGACUGAAUACCGUUGGUGGCAGCUUGGGCGGGACGGAUAGGGAGGGAGCUUCAUGUGCACUGAGUGAAAGUGAAGCUGAUCUGUUUCAUAAGACCCCUAAAAGAACAUGGAAAUGGUCGUUGGGGAAAAGCACAAAAUGAUACUCUACGCCUGAACUCGGCCAAACAUCGGGUUUACACAUGAAACGGCCCAUGCUCGCCUCCGCAUAACACAGAAGUGGGGAACACUUGGACCGUGGGUCCCCAUGAACAUAGGACUACAAGGAGGUCAGAAGAGUCCAAAAGGCUAAACACCCCUGUUCGUGUUUGGCAUUCCGUUCCAUAUUACUGACGUCAUUUCAUUACACGCUCAUCGGGCUGUCGAUCCCGGAAUACAGAGAAUGCACACUCAGUCGCUCCUGCACACACUCAUCUCACAUAAUUCACUCGACGAAACUUUUUCACUUGCGCACUCAUUUCAUUGAGCUCUCUGACUUCACUCGAUUCACUAAGCUUCAUUUCACGCAGCAUAAUUCGCUCACCCAGCCAAGCCAACUUACGGUGAACUCGAUGAAGCCAUGAUGACAAAGAUACGGACGGCUAAGCAACAGGUUUCGUCGUAUAUUGGCCGCCUUACAGCUGCAAUGAGCAACCGGUGUGUGCCAAGUGAAGCCAACACAGCAUGGUUGGUUACACAAUGACCGCAAAUCGUCACAAAUGUACUGUCUGCAUUGCAAAUACAUCAAUCUGUAAGAAUACAUUCACACGCUAAAAUUCGAAAAAGCAACUGUUUCUUCUUUUUCUACGCCUGUCGCCUUAGGCCUCGAUCCAAAACGAUAUCCAACUCCUCGGCGUUUGCGUCACCUGAUGCUCCUUCUGCGGAAAUAAUGGCCAUCGACACGCGCUAAAGGGGUCAUUCCACGUGGCUAAGCAGCAAUGACCAGGACACUUACCGGCGAGAAAAACGUCAUCUCCGCUUACGACAUGGCAUGGACUAUUUUUCAUUGCUUUUCCCACAAGGCAGGGCAUCCGGCUGCACGUUGCCAUGCAAAGCACAGCUGAGAAUAAAAUCACAGGGUAACACAGUCGUUGAUACGGGAACCCGAUUUCAGCAAGUUGCUCCUUUGGUGAACGAAUUCCUCAUCGACGUAUUCAGCCGCAACGAGUAUCAAAGACUCACCGUUCACGCACAUAAUCAAGAUAACCACGACAAGUAUCGCACUUCAUUACACCACUCACAAGUUGGCGGUGUCACGGAUACCAAGAUCCCUCGGGACUACUGGACAUCUGCACCAGCCGACAAAGUUAUCAUUCCGUCCAGCUUUAGCCAAGGCAGAGCGGGCGAACAACCUCACGAAAGAAGCGAUGGCCAUCUCACGAGUGCUGCAUCAGCACACAACAAACAUCUUUACACAAUGAGACAUUGAUUGGUUGAUGAACGUUUACAUUAUAGACUAUACCACAUCCGUCCAACCCUGAGAGGCCACAACCGGGUCGCCCAGAGCUCGCCGGCGUCAUCGACGACUACUAUACGUUGGGCACGACCAAACCCGGCUUUUUCACUCCCAUCUAGUCUAUGUAGCAGCCUUCAACCAUCAACAACUUCAGUACUUCAUCUUUCCCGCUCGCAGCACCAGCUGCAAAGAUUCCAUCCCCCCACACGCCGCACGCACCCCUGUCACACUCGCCCCUAUCCCCGAAUUCUUCUCAUUCGCCAUCCUAUGGGUUAGACCUCUCCAAGAGCACCUCCAAUACUUCCAUGCCCCCCAGCGCAGCAGUACAUACAUGCAGGCACCCAGCACAUGGCAGUACCAUCUCAUCACAUAAUGACAGACAACGUAAAUUCCAUACAUCAACAUACAGACAUUCUCCGUAUAUACCUCGAAGUAUCCUCCUGUCAAACCAAAUAUCCUGCUGUCUGAACGUUUAUUUUGGUGAGCCAUGAUGAAAAUACGUUGGCGCUCUCAUCUUCGUAUAUUUAUGUAGUCUAAUCCUCCUGUCAAAACAAAUAUCCUGUCUGAACGUUUAUUUUGAUGAACCAUGAUCAAAAUAAGAUCUCACAGUUUCGUCGGGAGCGUCUCCUUCUUCUCCUCCUGCGGUCUCUCCUCCUUCUCCCUGCUGCUGCUGCUGCUGCUGCUGCUGCUGCUGCUGCUGCUGCUCCUCCUGCCCCUCCUGCCGUUGUUCUUCGGCUGGGCUUGAUCGCAUGCACGCGUCGCCGCUCUCUACCUCUACGGCGACAACUGAAUGCUCGUCGUCACGUAUCGUUCUUUUCAGGGACAUAUCUGCAGUGUGGUCUGCUGCGUUGCGCGUGCUGUGCGGCCUGUCGGCGGUGGUUAUGUGCUGUGUUGUUUCGCUGCUGUUUUGAGUUUAAAAAUGGGUUUCUGGUUGUGUGGUUCUGGGGGCGUUUGAGGCGUGCAAGUUGUUAUUUGUAAGUGCGUCGUGCAAAUAGGGGUAGCCUCCGUCCGUUGUAGACACACAUACCCCCACCCUCAAUCCUGUUAUAUGCGGCAAAGUUGGUACCACCAAAUCUAAUCCAUAGCAACCUCUGAACCCCCAAACUCCCCGCUUCAUCUGCUUGGAAAUUUCUUCUUGACAUAAACUGUCGAUUCUGUGAGUACGUCUGCUAGAUAUACUCGUAGCAUAGUAAUGGUUGAAUAUGGGACAUGGAUCUACGGAGAUUGCAGUUGGUAGAUCGCAAAGGAACAGGGAGUUUCUGCUUGGUUUCUCCGGAUUCGAUGAGUGAUCUGAAUUGCGUGACGGUGUGGUGACCCACUCUUCGGCUGCUCGGCCUCGAGUGGUCGCUGCCCUUCCCUCUUCCCUCUAAUACAAGACUUUCCCAUCUCGGCUUUCACUGGCCGAACUGCCUUUCUCCACAAACUUACAAGCUUCGGCCUACCCGGUUUAUCCAACACGCUAGCAUUAACGGCUUUGUGGAGGGUGAUUGGGUAGCGCCGAUGGGCAGCCGCAUGCGCGGCUGACGACACCCAACAAGACGAAGAGGCCACCAACGGCGAGGGCCUGCACAGCAGCAGCAACCCCAAGACCUACAGCAGCGCCAUCGUCAGCUGUGCCCCGCCGUCUACUGGGGUUGUAGGCAUGAACAGGCACGUGAUGACUUGUCAGUUUUGGACUGCUGUCGAUAUGUGUACACCCAUGCGGUGAUGCGGUACGCCUACAUCGUGCCUUCAGAUCCUAAACGCGGCAUUACGCCGUGCGGUACUGCCGUCAAACACCAACACUUACUCCAACUCCACCUCCACCCGGCACUGCCGUCAAACUCUCUCUCCCACUCAUUCUCUAGUAAUCGCGGCAACACGCUGCACGGUAAAGCCGUCAAACACCAACACUUACUCAAUCAAAACGCGACAACACGUCGUGCGGUACUGCCGUAAAACUCCACCGCUCGGUCAAAGACCGACUACCUGUAGCAAAUGGGUAGACACAAUCCAGGUUAUCAGUAAUCCUCAAAAACUGAUGCCAGUUAGAUUCUAAACUGAUGAUACUGUUUGUGCGUGUAGCAUGGUAUUUAGAAAUAGUAUUGUGCGUAAUGUAAUGCAGUGAUUGGCGAGGUUUUGUUCGUCUUCCUGACAGCCGUGCUGAGACUAACUUUCUCUAGCCGGUAACAGCGUGAUCAACGUUUUAUCUGGGCUCUCUUUGGUAGCUACUUUUUGAGCAGCAGGUUUAGCCUGAUCAAAAAUGCGUGAUCAACGUUUUAUCUGGACUCUUUUUGGGUAGCAGGUUUAACCUGAUCAAAAACUUUUCAUGUCUUGGUUGUGUCAGCGAGUGCCGGAGACGUGUCAAGUCUCAACGAAGUGCAACAUUGGUACCUCCACCUUGUUGCAGAUUAAAAAUCCACAAUAUUGACGAAAUAAAUAAAUGCUGAUUUCCUAAUAUUGUUGUACGUUGUCUUGAGAUUGCUAUUUGUUGUGAGAUUGCGGUUCCAAAAGUUGUUAAGGUUUUGACUUAGGAUUGAUUACCCUAUGGUUAGAACAGUAGCAGCAGCUUGAUUACUAUUUUGCAACAGAGGACUAAUCAACCUCCGUUUCAGGAUGAUAUUCAGCUAUUUAUUGAGUGACAAUGUUGCAGUGAUCGAUAAUUUCAGACAAACGAACCAUUCCACAAGUAGGGUCCGACGACUUGAAAGUGUGAUUGAUUCAUUUGUUGAUUUUUCUCCUGCAGUCACUACUGUGCAGAACCGGGGGGAAUGUUCGUGGCGACCGCGGCGAAGGCGUGCGAAAUAUCCGCUGGGGGGGGGAGAAACAAUGGCUUGGGCAAUGGGUUAAGCACUGGAGCCUGAUGCGCCGGCAAAUGUAGGGGUUCGAGUGUUUUUGUUUUGGUAUUGGAUUGUGUUGGUUGGAUUGGAUUUUGGUCUUGGUGUUGAAUUGAUUUCUAGCAUUUGGGUUGUGAACGUUGUUUUGGCAUUGGAUUUGAUUUGUUUUUGGUGUUUCGUCGGGAUUUAUUUGUAGCAGGUUUGUUUUUCUUGCGUUUCGACUGGAUGAAUUUUGAAUGUUGUUCUUUUGUUCUAUGGAUCUGACUCCAACCCAAAUCAUGGGGGCGGAUCUCCCAGAGCAGGGGGGCACGUUGUUCUUUUGGAAGGAAUUCACUGUAGCUGGUGCUAAGUUUCUAGGGAGAAACAAUAAGGAAAAUACUCGCUCGCGUAUGUUCUGCUCAAAUGAUCUCAACGCUGAACGAAUGUUUGGGGAUGGACGUUAUUUGAUCGGAAGUGUGAGAGUAGAGGAUUGGUACCAUGCCCAGAAGCGUUUUAUCUGCGAAGUGGGCAUGAAACGUAUACUUUGGUUUGUGUUCGAAAGUUUGUGUAUUUUUGGUAGGAUUCGUAGUCGGAUGAACGUAGUCGGAUGCACAACAAAGAAGGCGAUUUUCUACGAAUUGAUCCGUGUUUUGGAAAGAAAAUGAAGAGGAGUUCCACAGACAGGUUUGACUCGAUAGAUUGUUUAAGGCUUUCAGUUGUGCGAGGGACAUAAGUGCUUUGCGGGUGUCUUUGCGGCUAAGUGCUGAGAAAGGAUGGACCAGCAAAAGAGCGUUUUGCAGAGAAGAAUGAAGGCGAUGGGACAAGACGUUAUGGGUUCAGGAACUUUUGCAUAAUCGACUUCUUGCUUUUGUCAUGGAGGAGUGGGAUCCACGUUUUGGGUCGUACAUGGAAUUGUGAUGAUUUGCCGGAUCACUACGAUGCAUACGAGCAGGG